AUGGCGAAAGGGGACGACGCGGUGGCUCGAAAGAGAAAUCGGGCGCAGAGAAGGAAGGGUCGGUCUCUGAAGAGCAAAGAGUCCGUCUCCUCCCGCGUUGCCGCUAUCAUCGCUGCUAAGCGCCGCCGCAAGACCGGCAAGCGUCGUAUAUGCGAGGUGAGAUGCUGUGCUGUGGCUCUAGUUUCUCCGGACUACUUGCCGACCGAUCUUGUUCGCUGCAAGAUCGGAAAACGCCGCAAGACCGCCCCCUCUAUACUUCUUUCCUCUUUCUCCCGGCCUUCUUCUUCCUCGCCUGAGGUUUUAACGGCUGAGUUUCUAAUCAUGAACGUGUACUUUGAUAUGAGGCCGUGACGCGGUGCAAGACCGGCCUUCUUUUAGCCUUCUUUAAUCAAUGUUUGAGACAUCUCUGUAUCCACCGGUUGUCUAUUCCCAUGUAGGGGAUGUGCUUCACUCUCCCAACCCCAGAGGAUCCCUUCAAUGACCUUAAUGAUCCCGUGGCUAAGAAGGAGAUGCAAAUGAGCACCGAUCUUUGUCAGAGGCAAAAAGAGGCGGCUUCUCUCCUUAGGAAGAGCAAUGGCAGAAAGAAGCCUGUGUUACCGGUACCAUCAAAGCCUUCAUCGGCGGCCAAUGGUUUGCGACACCAAAUAGGUAAAGGCGAAGGUGGCGCUGAUGUCGAUUCUGAUGACCGGGUCUCGAAGUACCUCAUUUUAUGUCUGAAGGCGAUCCAGGAAGCAUCCUCCCUGGAUUGGGAGAUGGGCGAGACUGAUGACUUGGACCAGGUGGGCACGGGCCAGCAAUCGCCACUCUUAGCUUGUAAAUGGGGGAUCGAUUUUUGGAAGAGCCGCUUGUCUGGAUUGGACAUUGUGGAUUCCACUGGGGAUUGUGCAAGCCGAGAGCAGAUAGCUUGGCUUGUGUCAAUAGCCUCCGAUAUCAUUGCAAGAAAGGAGAAAGAAGGUCUUCUUGUUCCUAGCCCCUUCCUCGUAUUACUCGUCCCAUCUCAAGAUAAAGCCUCCGAGGUAAAAAACAUAAAAAUCGCAAGUAUUGUGUGUUUUUGAGAUCUCAGAACUCUUCCCAUUGAGGAUGCUUUCCUAGUUUGCCUUUUGUUGACGGGGAAAGGUCAUUGCUGUCCUUUAGGUCCGGUCACUCUGCAAACCACUCAAGGCCCUUGGAGUCCAUACAGUGAGCUUGCAUCCAGGUGCAUUGCUGGAUCAUCAGGUUCACGGGUGAGUACAAAUGCUUUCAAUUCGUUACCUUUUCGUCCCUUAUAUUUACGCAAUUAUAUGUAAAUCAAUUGAGAUAUAAAUUGGCUUUGAAACAUUGACUCUCUCUCUCUCUCCCACCCACCGACCCACCCACACAGAGAAGCGCACACAAAAACAUAUUAGGUAUAACCCUCCAUCUCCUUGUAUUUAUUUUUAAUACUAGGGUAGAAUAUGCCUUCUAGAGAAGGAUGCUUAAGAUAAGUGGAUUGUUGAUGCAUGUGGCUUUGCAUAUAUUUUCCAAUUUCAUAUAUUGCCAAUUGAUUGUGGUUUCAUUCUAUAUCAUCUAUUUUUUAUUACGGUCUAUGAUAAUUGCAGAUUUAUCUCAGCUUAAUUUUUCAGUAUGAUUCAUGGAUUCUAAUGUAACUUGAACAUUAGUGAUAUCAUGUUCCAUCAUACUGUACCGUUACAGUAAACCAUCCAAGAGGAGUUAUUCAUCAGAUACACAUAAAAAUGUCCGUUCUACCUUGAUUACCCGAUGCCUUGGGGUUUCAUGGUUACAGAGUUUUAUUCUGGAAUUUACUUAUCACAAUGAUUGCUGGUAGUUCCUUAAAAUAUAUAAGUUGAAAUUAACAAAGGGAACUAAUCUUAACAAAUUUGUGGUGUCUGAGGCGAGGGAUUCUCAGGCUUCGACUUUUCAACUCUCACCUAAAAGUGAUGGACUCCUGUUAUUUACUUGAGAUUCCUCAUAAGUGACCCUUAGAAGUUACUUCCGUAUUGAAUUAUUCAGGGCUCUGGGUAGCAUUGUGGUCCUUUCCAGCUGGAGCGAAGGAAGAUUUACCAUGAAAGUUUUCAUUAAGCCUUCCUAGGAGCAGUAACACAAAAUAAGGAUUAGUAAGGACAAGUUAGUUUUUGUUUUUUUUUAUAAGUACACUGCAUUUUGCAAAGCACGCAUUUCAGUUAGAGGGCCACAUUGAAAACAACUGCUAUCAAGUUGUCUAUAUUAUCUAAGGUGUUUUAGCAAAAAAUGUGCUUCUAAAAUCGUUGUUUUGCAUCCAGAAGAGUAUUCUUUUGUAUUCUGGAGAACACAAAUUGUCUGAUCUGAAGAUAAAACGAGGAAAUCUAUAACUUUUGUUGGUUUAGUAUGAUAGUAACCUUCUAUGAAAUGUUGCUUUUGAUUCAUUCGAUUGCAGUCUUUCAAUAUAAGUGAGAGAAAAAAAAAGGAGAGCAUAUAAUCCCGUUUUGUACAGAAUAUAUCGUGAAAGUAAAUUGCACUCUGGUGCUCCGAACAGCUGAAAGUUUCUACCAUCGUAUAGAUUUAUUCUCAUAUAUUUUUAUUCGUCUCUUUCACCAGAAGAAGGUUAGAUGUAUUAGCUCAGCCUGGGUGAAAACACAUCCCCGUUCCAAACUCUUCUCUCCUUUUCUUUGCCCAGAAUGUUCAAAAAUGUCUUUAGAACCUUGAGAUCGUACCUCAAAUUGCACGUGCUUAAAUUGUGCAGACAUGAAGGCAGUUUUUUUUUUCUUUUCUUUUUUUGCUAGCCGAUCUUUGAAGGUCUCUCGAUGGAUCCCCUAAGUUCAAAGUUUCUCUGAUCAGGUUCUCAUGAUGCCCAUGUCAUGUAGGGCAGCAGGUGAGAGACCUGUUCUAUUUGGCUCUAUUUGUUUCAUGUCACAAGGCUGACGAUGAUGGCAAUGACUACGAGAUCCCAGCGUCUUGUCCUUCCAUCUAAAGCAAUCCCGUAGUUAUAUACUCACUGACUGGUGUAUGUGCAACUUUAAGUGUUGUUGCGACUAUGUUUGCCUACGCAUCAUGACUGCUGAAACUAAAGUCAACAAUCAGUCACUCUGAUCAUCUGGUUGAAUUCUCUUGGCAAGUAGCCGACUGAAUUGCAUUAAUGUGAUCCGCCUUUUUUGCUUAAUUAUCUAAGCAUUUUUUUCUUUUGCAGUUUGAGGAGUUGUGAGCCAGAAUUCAUUGUUUCUACUCCUGAUCGUCUUCUUUCUCUUGUUUCCAUGGGAGCUCUUGACGUCUCUGGUGUAUCGCUGUUGGUAAGUUAUUCGUUCUAGAUUAAUCUAUGCGUCAAUUUUCUUACUACUUUAUCUAUGAUAUAUAUGGAACCAAAACAAGCCCCACAGAUAAUUGUUUAUUAUUUCGUCUCUGUGUGCUCUUUUGGAUGAUAUUAUUGAUUAAUAAGUUGAGGAGCUUUAUUGUUAGUUUUCCUUGAUUUCUUAAUCACAGAAAACAAAGUGUAUCCCUUUGAACAAGCUGGUAGGCAAGUAAGUUAAUCAGGUCGCACAUUUGAUAAUCAUGGGCUGUUUGGACUCCCUGCGCUGAAUGUGGUUUUAACAUAUAGGUUGUUAAUGUUGGUGGGCAUUAUACUCUUUGGUACGCGACACUUAUCCUCGUCGUAUUCUUAUUUUCGAUUAUUCAUCUGAAAAUUUUGAAUUUGUGCAGGUUCUUGAUGGACUGGGGAGCUUAAUAGCCUCUGGGUAUGCAGACGACAUUAAAUCCAUCAGAGGGCAUAUUUCAGGAGAUCCCCAGACUGUGGUUUUCGGUGACGAACACAAGGGGUGUUCCUCGGGGCUGUUGCUCAAGUUGGUGAAAGAACCAGCACGUCGGUUGCCUCUCAACAGCCUCUUGGGUUCGGGAGCCGCCGUAGAUUCUUCCUAA